UUCACUCUCUGGAUUCGGCGUUUAAGGGUUAUUUUUCGGACGAUGGCGAGGUAUGUAAACCUUGUUAUCUGUAGUUAAACCCCGAAACAGUGCUGUAAUAUUGCCGUUCAUUUUUAAAUUGACCUCCUGUUGUAAUUUGCUCGGUUGUUGCGGCUGUUAAGCAAAUUGCCAAACAGGUCAACUGAGGACAACGAAAUACCUAUCUCAACCCGGCUUUAAGAGGAUGUCUAUCUCCAUUUACAUAGCAGCAAGGACAGUUAGCAUGGUUACAGAAUACCAAAGACACCCUCCAAGUUUAAUUAUUCAUUAAGAAAGUUAUUUAUGAAGCUAGGCGCUAACUGUAGCUCUUGUGAGAAAUUACUUGCUGUUGGAUACAGAGGGAAGGACACACACUUCUCUGGGACAAUGAGCCUUCAGAUGAACUCCAAAGAUGAGCCAGAAGAAACCAGCAAACCGUCAGGCGGUGCCAGGAUCCUUGCUUUGACUGUUUUCUCUGCUGCCAUCGGAGGCACCUUCCAGUAUGGCUACAACAUCUCAAUCAUCAACGCUCCCACCAGCUACAUCCAGAGCUUCAUCAAUGAUACCUACAUGGAGCGCUGGGGCGUCGGCUUGGAGACCCCUCAGGUGACCCUAGUGUGGACUCUUAUUGUGUCGGCCUUCUCACUAGGCGGUUGGCUGGGAGCCCUGCUGGCGGGACCUCUGGCAGUCCGCUGUGGGAGAAAGAACUCUCUGCUUCUGAACAACUCCUUCUUGUUUGUUGGUGCUGUGCUCGUGCUGACAUGCAGAGUGGCGAAAUCAUUUGAGAUGAUCAUCCUUGCUCGUUUUCUGGUGGGGAUGAACUCAGGUGUCAGUAUGAACAUUCAGCCUAUGUACUUUGGGGAAAGCGCACCCAAACACCUCCGGGGUGCUGUGGCUUUUUCCUCUGCUGUUUUCACUGCAUUUGGGAUCUUCCUGGGUCAGGUUGUUGGAAUAACUGGAUUGUUGGGUGCAGAGCCUCUUUGGCCCUACUUACUAGCUAGUAAUGCUUUGCCAGGCUUGAUCCAGCUCCUUACCCUACCCUGGUUCCCUGAAAGCCCCAGAUACCUUCUCAUCGACAGGGGAGACAGGGAAGCAUGUGUGCGGGCGCUGAGAAGGCUUCGUGGUGGGGAGGCUCCAGUCUUGGAGAUGGAGGAGAUGCUUCAGGAGCAGCAGCAGCAUCAAAACUCUGCAGCCUCUGCCAAGACGCCCUGGUCUCUGUUUAAGGAUCCUGACCUACGAUCCCAGCUCAGAACAGUCAUGGCUGCCAGUAGUGCCAUGAUGCUCUGCGGCAACGACUCCAUCUACUUCUACGCUUCUUAUAUCUUUCUCGAAGCGGGGAUUCCUCCAGAGAAAAUCCAAUAUGUCACCAUAGGUACAGGGGCAUCUGAGCUAACUGCUUCCAUACUGAGCAAUCUGCUGAUUGAACGUGUGGGCCGCAGGUACCUUCUUUUGGGAGGGUACAGUCUUAUGUCAUGUUGGUCUGUAGUCUUCACUGUAGCUCUCACCCUCCAGAGCCGCGGCGUGGCUGGGAUGGCUUACCUCAGCAUGGCAUGCGUGUUCGCCUACAUUCUCAGUUUUGGCUUAGGUCCAGCGGGGGUGACUGGAAUCUUACCAGCUGAGAUCUUCGACCAGGGGGCUCGGCCGGCAGCAUACAUGGUAGCUGGCUCGUGUAUGUGGAUCAGCCUGUUCUUGGUGGGAAUGCUGUUCCCAUUCAUCGUCAAAGGCCUGGGGAACUUCUGCUUCCUGCCAUUCAUGGCUGUGUGUUUGGUGUCUGCUUUGUUUUUGGGGUUCACUCUACCAGAGACUAAGGGGAAGACAGUGGCUGAGAUCACUGCAGAGUUUGAUAGAAAGAAUGGCGUGAAGAGGGAGAAGCCAGACCUGCUGGUGCACGAGCCCAUUAGGGAGUACUACCAGCUGGGUAAAGCCUGCUCCUUCACUACCCUAAUGCAAGAUUCUGACCCUGACCAUAAGAGCGCAACUGAAAUUUGACAUCCUUCUUUAAAAGUGUAAAUAAAACAGGCAGUGCCUUUGCAGCCUCUUUAUGCACCUUCAGUGACGGAUGAUCAGGUGAAAUAUGAAGUGUGGUUAGGUGGAUAAUGGGACAAGGAACAGAUGAUAAAAUUUUGGUGGUGAUCGGUUGAAGCAAAGUGGAUAAAAUAAUAAAUAAAGUCUAUCGUCUGACAGCCUCAGCAGCAAUUCCAAUUUCUAAUGAGACGGUGGAAAGCACGUCUUGUUCUACUUGCUAAAUAUUGUAAUUCUAAAGUUGAAAUUAAUGUUCUGUGUUGGAAAAAAAUAAAGUGAAAAAUACAAAAAAACAUAUUAUAUUCUGUACUUCUGCACUCUCUGAGUGCUUUUCUAGUUAUUUAUUUUAAUGCUGGUUUCUUGAGGAAACCCACUGGAGAGUAUUAAAUGCUCAGCUCAAGUGUUGUACUUAAAGGAAUACUCUACCCACCAAAUGAUCAUAUGUACUGUAAUUACUCACCUUAUGUUACGUUGAAUUUAGGAAGAAAACUUGGAGAACAAAGAAUCCAAAAACUGAAAAAAAUGAUUCAUAAAUUGAAGCCAUGGGGGAUUGUGUUUAAAGUUGUAAUUAGUUAGUUACUUUUUGGUCAUAUUUGCUGAAACUGUCAUUGUAUCCACAAAGUAGUACAUGAGACAGAUGACCUGUGGAAAAAAUCAUGCUCCUCCUCCUCCUCAUAGUGCUUCUAUUGGCAUUUGCUGGAGUCUACUGCAUGUGAAUGAAAACAACCAAUCAGAUCUGAGGAGUCUCUAACGCAGCUGUCAGUCAUAUUUACUGCGCUGAUCAAAUAUGAAUCAAGAUUCUGUUACUGCAUAGCCUAUUCUUUGCCUCAAAUGUUUUCAGAAACAUAUUUUAGUGUACUGUUUAGCUGUAAAAUUAGAGUUUGUGACCUGGUCGCCAUGUUGGAAACAGUUGA